GCUGCUCUCGCCGGCGGCAAGAGACACAGCAGAGGAAAUCUGAGCCUGCGUCCAGCAUCACAUCAAUGCAAAGGCGUUCCUCGCUGCUCGAUGCCUUAAAUCGAGGUUAACGAGAAAACCUGCUUUAUCAUUUUAUCCUGACAACGCUACUGUUUACUUUCUUGGUUCCGUUUUUAGACGAGCGCCAUUAGUGUUGUGUUUAUCAAAGAUAAUAUCUAGUUGUAUAUUUCGACUUCCGUUCGCCUCGCGUCCUUUAUGCACAGCACGCUGCUCCAGCCUUUAAAGAGAACACAGGCAUCCGUGUCGAAACAGCAUGGCUACCAACAGUCGUGCGCACUGAGCGAGAUGGAAGCGAAGCAGCACUCGAUCAAGAGCCUGAAGAGCUAUCCGGAGGCUGGGGGCCGGAGUCUAGCGGCGGCGGCGGGUGGAGACGGUGGAGGGUACCGCGUCGGCGGCGCGGAGAUGGAGAUGGAGGCGAAAAUACAGAAAGCGGUCGACUUUAAACUGGAGGGUCACCGUUGCUACAAGGAGAAGAAAUUCAGGGAAGCUAUUGGGAAGUACCACAGGUCGCUACUGCAAUUAAAAGGAAUCCAUGUCGUCGACGGGACCACCGGAUCCGAGGUGAACCUUUUGAACCAAGCGGCGGCUAAACUGACGGAAGAGCAGCGGAGAUCCGUGGAGAGCACCGAGAUCGAAUGCUAUGACAGUCUGACAGCUUGCUUGCUGCAGUCAGAACUGGUGAAUUAUGAGCGAGUUAAGGAAUACUGUUUGAAGGUACUGGGACACCAGCAGGAUCACUUCAAGGCCAUGUACCGUGCUGGGAUUGCCUUCUACCACCUGGGAGACUACGAGUGUGCCCUGCGUUACCUACGCGAUGCUAAGUGCCGUGAACCCACAGACACAAACGUACUGCGAUACAUCCAACUGACGGAGAUGAAGAUAAGCAAGACCGGUCAGCAGGUGCGCGACAGCGGGAAAGAGUCUUUGGGUUAACUCCGACCGCCCCCUGCUCCGCCCCCUUAUGCCAUGCCCUCAUCCUUAUAGAAAAGCUCUCUUUCUGAGUGGCACCCCUUUCCCACAACCAGGAUACAUGUGCUGUGUCCCUCUCAGAUAGCAGACUCAAAACAGGCACAGAUACAGCACAGAUCCCAUCGCUGUCUUUUCUCGCUUUGAGGUAUCUCUGUCCCUUUAAAUCAAACUUCCCGGUGCUUUUCAUUUCCAAGGUGUGGCGAAUCUGACUGACGAAUGAAGAACACGCAAGAAAACAAAAGGGCGGAAAUGCUGUAUAAUAAUUAUAUAAACCAUGGGGGGUCUGAUAUAACAUCUAAAUGAUCAAGUACGGAUAUCAAAAUGUGCAUAAUGUAUUUUAUAGAAUGAAAAAUAAUGUGGGAUGGUUGAAAUGAGAUGUGGUCCUGUUAGUUUUGAAUCUGUUUUGUUGAGAAAAGAGUGAAAGCACAUGUGUCGAACAUUGCUACUGAAAUUCAGAUGAUAAAGGUCAAUGAUUAGGAUCGUGAUCGCUGAACUCACUUUAAAGAGACACUUCUCUCGAUACACAUGAGAAAGUGAGAGGUCAAUGUAUCGGAACAAGAUCUUUAUUCACAUUCGCCUGCAAUGCCUGUUAUUUUCCGCUUCCUUCUUUUUCUCUCUCUUGAAUUUGGGCAUAUCUCGAAUCAAUUUGUAAACCGUUUCAAUUCAAGGGCUAAUUCAAGUGUUUGUAAUUCGUCCUUCAGUAUUGAUUUCGUUUUUCUCGGUUUGCUGAUCAAUGUUCAAUGGUAGUAGUUUAAGCAAGUUGUUAUCUUUCCCUUUCUUAAAGGAACAAAAUCCUCUGUACUAAUGUUAUUGGAAGUUUCGUGAACCAUGUCGUCCAUUUUUCCUGGCAUAUGUUGUAACAUUGAACUGUCUCAUAAAACCCUCCCCCUCAACCUGAUGAUGUCAUGAUGGUAAAGCAGCCUGCUGUUAUGUUAAUAACUAAUAGAGGCAUAUUGAAAUCUCCCUGAUGUGUUUUAUAAGAAAUGGGAUCGACGCUAUCAGAAGCACUUGGUAAAGGUCUGACACAAGCAAAUAAGAAUUGACAUAUCUCCCCAAAAUCAUCAACGUUACGAAAUUGUAACAUGGAUAAAACGCUUUGAAAAAGGUUGUUAAGACAAGCAUUAAUGUUUUAAGAUAGCAUUAGUGUUUGUCCUUCUUUUAAUGGUAUACUUUAUAAACUUCAAAAUCUAUAUUCUUAGCAAUGUGGUGGAUAAAAUGGAUCAAAAAUUUGGGGACGUUUCUUCACCAAAGGGGCAUCUCCAUGGAUUCAUUAAAAUGUGCAGAUGCAUUUGACAGUGAGUCUGGUUUAGAUGAAUGGCUUUGAAGUGAUGAGGACAUGCAGAUGAAAUUAUCCAUCUGACCUAAUAUAAAACAGAUUUAAUAGUGUCAUUGAAACUCUGGGGAUGAUGUGCUGUGGAUUCAAAUGAGAAGACACGCUGAAGAGAUCUAGAAUUCAGAGCUGGAAUGCAAAUGUAAGCCAUAUAAGGUAAUGUCCAUUCCUGUGACACAUGAAAACAACAAAUACAGUUAUAUUGUUGGUGUCUUAAAGGGGUAUUUGGAAAUUUUACACAAAUGUGACCCUGGACAACAAAAGCAGUCUUAUUGGUUAAAUCUUUCGAAAUUUAGAUGUUUACACAAUCUGAAAGCUGAAUAAAUAUGCUUUCUAUUGAUGUAUGAGUUGUUAGAAUAUGACAAUUAAGACUGGUUUUGUGAUCCAGGGUCACAAAUAUUUAAUAGUACUUCUAGAAUUAAAUGACAUACACUCAAGAAUAAUUGAUAAUGAUAAUUGUCAUUUUAGGUUUCAGAAGGGUGCCCCAUUUGGGAAAAUUGCUACAUGGAGCUGGUGACCACCAAAGAUUAAAGAAAAAUAGCAAAAUGAACAAUAUGAAAAAGAAUAACACAAAUACAAAUAUUAUAUUCACAAGUUAUCAUUAACGUCAUGCAUCCAUGCAUUCAGGUGACAGUGUAAAGUCCAAGAGCACUUGGAUGAAGAAUUGUCAGCAAAACGUAAAACAAAAACAUAUAAGUGCACCUUUAAACUGACUGAAAGGAGAAAUGACAUUCUCACUUUCUAUACUGUUCUGAAAAAGAUCUUCAGCUCUGUCUUGUCUCUUCAGUUUCGUGUCAUUUCUAUCUAAACCGUAUCUUUGCUGUUAUUUUCAUUUCUGUAAAUGGCAAAGAUCAUUUUGUCUGUAACAGAGCAGUGCUUUUCUGUAUAUCUCGGUCAUCACAUAUGCUUCUUUCAGCUGUGGUCCACAUGUCCCCAUGUGCUGGAUCUCUCUCUGCACAGAUGCAGAAACAUCAAAUCUGACUGUAGUCAAUAGACGACAACAAAAGCACAAACUGGUUAAUGGACAAGCAAAUAAACUAACUGUACUUUACUUUUCAUGGAUGUAAAUUGAGGUAUGUGUUUGUUGAAUGUCAACGUAGACUCGUGUGGUUUAAAAUGGUUGUCGAAAGCUUUACUUUAUGAAAUUGUUUUUAUGGAUAUGUCAGAGAGCAGACGAGACGGAUAAAUAAAAGAUAUUUAUGAAAAAUAUAUUUGACUUGUCAGGGGCAGCUUUGUACCUGUGUAUAUGUUCAGUUUUCCUCUUGUACCUUGGCUUAUCUGUGAUGUCUUGGCUUUGUUUUUUGUCUGAAGACCAAGGAUUCAGGGGAUGCCCUUUGACCUCCAGAAGGAAAGGCCAUCUGAGGGUGGUUCAUUGAAUGACAAUAUUGACUCCUUGGAGAGGAAGAAAGGGCGAGGGCAUCCUCGUGACCCGGAAAAGACUGAAAAUCCACUGGUUUGUUUAUAUUUUUCUUGCCAAUUCUGGAGAGAGAGAGAGAGACUUGGACCGGGUACAAUGUUACUGCAUUAAUGCAAUCAUUUAUUGCCUAAUUGAGAAGUUCUUCCUUCGACCAGACAUCGGAAGAUAUUCAAACUGGUUACAUUUACCUACAAUUCCAAGAAUGCACUAUUGAUUAGUAGUCUACAAAUAAAGAGAACCUGUAAGAGUA